GAGGAGAUUCAGAGGAGGAGAGUACAGUGAGAGUGGUGUCCACAGUGAAAAAAGUCGCACGGACCGGAGAGACCAGAGGAAACACGUCUGAUCUGUAGCCGGCACACUGAAUCCAAGUGGGAGUGUUUUGUUGAACUAGACAUCACAGCCUGUUCAAGCCCACACGUAAAAACGCCUGGCUUGAGUGUGCAUCUGGCAGUUGCCUCCUCGUGAAGUGUGUGCUGUGCUCGGGACUUUCAGUGUGUGAGUGUGGGUGUGUAUGUGUGUGUGUGUUUAAGACCAUGUGGAGGUUUGUGACCCUUGUGCUCCUAGUCCACCUGGAGGUCAGUCAGACCGGGGCGUGGAGAGCCUCCCAGCCUCGCCUGCAGUUCACCCACUCAGAGCUGGUCCAGAAUGGCCGUCUCCUAUCCCUGUCCCUGGCGGCGGGGGACAUGCACUCUCUUCUGCCAGACGAAGAUGGCCGCCGGCUCUACGUGGCCAUGAAAGACAACCUGCUGUCAACCAGCCUGGAUGACAUCACGCAGAACCCCAGCAAGCUCUACUGGCCAGCAAGUCCGGACCGCAUCCAGGAGUGUCUGAUGGCUGGAAAGGACCCGGAGUCUGAGUGCGCUAACUUCCUGCGGGUCCUGCAGCCCUACAACCAGACCCACCUAUAUGUGUGUGGGACAGGAGCGUUCAACCCUCGCUGUGCCUUCAUUGCCACUAGUGUCUUCCUCAAGUCGGAACGCCACACUUUGUCAUUUGGACAGACUGAAUGUGGGAAGGGAAAGUGUCCGUACGACCCACACCAGAAAACUGCUACAGCCAUUAUUGAUGGGGAGCUGUAUGCCGGGAUCUCAUCUGACUUCAUGAGUAGAGACUCUGCCUUCUUCCGCAGCCUGGGCAGUCGCCAUGUGGUCCGUACGGAACAGUACGACUCCACAUGGCUACAAGAUGCCCAGUUUGUGAAAGUGGCCUCGAUGGCAGAGACGGAUAACCCAGAAGAUGAUAAGGUGUAUGUGUUCUUCACUGAGCGUGCUCAGGAGGCAGAGGGGGCUGCCGGGAAGGUGCUCUACUCCCGGGUGGCACGUGUGUGCAAGAAUGACAUCGGGGGCCAGCGCAGUCUGGUGAACAAGUGGAGUACCUUCCAGAAGGCACGUAUGGUCUGCAGUGUCCCUGGACCAGAUGGGAUACAGACUCACUUUGACCAGCUACAGGACAUUUUUAUCCUCCAUGAUGGGAAGGACAAGAAGAACCCUCUGAUCUACGGCCUCUUCACCACGUCCAGUGACGUCCUGAAUGGUUCAGCUGUGUGUGUGUACCGCAUGCAGGAUGUGGUCAGGGUCUUCAAAGGAAACUUCUACCACAAAGAGGGACCGGAGUACAAGUGGGCUGAGUUCACAGGGAAGGUCCCAUACCCAAGACCUGGCACAUGUCCCAGCAGUACGUAUGGUAGUUACCGCUCCACCAGGGAGUACCCCGAUGACGUUAUCUUCUUCAGCCGUACCCACCCUCUGAUGCAGGAGGCGGUGAUGCCCCUGGGAGGGCGCCCCCUGUUGGUCAGGGUGGGGGUGCACUACAAGUUUAGCCGGCUGCUGGUAGACCGUGUGGAGGCAGUAGAUGGCCAGUACAACGUCUUGUUCAUUGGCACAGAUUCAGGCCUGGUGCUGAAGUCCAUUCACCUCCCUAAAGAACAUGGUGUCACCCAGGAAGUCACCCUGGAGCAGCUACAGGUUUUCCAGAACAAGUCACCUGUAACUACAAUGACACUGUCCAAGAGAAAGCAGUGGCUGUUUGUGGGUUCCGCAGAGGGCGUAGCCCAGUUGGGUCUGUUCCAAUGUGAGCUUUACGGCCAGGCCUGCACUGAGUGCUGCCUAGCUAGGGAUCCAUACUGCACCUGGGACGGGCACGCCUGCAGCCCCUUUGUGCCUAUCGCACGCAGGAGGAAUGCUCGUCAAGUUGGCGAUGAAGUGGACCCCCUUACCCAGUGUGUCAGACAAGGAGCCGCUCUGCAGGUGGAAGCAGAGCAGAGGACAAUGAUAGUCGCUGAGGGUAACGGCACCUACAUGGAGUGCCUGCCCAAAUCCAGACACGCAGUUGUCACCUGGUACAAACAAGCAGGAGAGAACAGCGCAGAGCUGCAUCAGGUGCAGUCCGGAGAGCAGCUGGUCGUGAUUGAGAGAGGGGUUCUGAUCCGCCGGGCCGAGACUGCGCACUCUGGUGUGUACCACUGUCAACUGGAGGAGCACGGUUUCCGCUGGACCGCUGUCACUGUGCGUCUGAGUGUGUGGAGCCCCUACCGGGCCCUGGCGUGGUCCACGAGCAAUCCCAACCCCAGCCUGGAUGUCUCCCAGCCCUGGUACCAGGACGUCAUGGCCCUCAUCCACCCCAGCAGGCUGCAACAGCACUGUCAGAGGCUGGGCUUCCGGCAACGACGCAACCGCAAACCCGACCAGGAGCAGACCAAGAACCCCAAAACAGCGGACGGCCCCAGGGGCGAGAGACAUAAACAUGAAGGAGGUGGAGGAAGAGGAGGUGGGAGGAAGAGCAGGAGCAAACCUCAGCAGAGGUCUCCACGAAGCACUUAGGCGCUCUAGUGCAUGCGGGGGGGCUUCGUCCUGACUUGCACACUCAAAAACGUACUGACUCAAAGGCACACACACACAUUUACACAAAACAUAUUCAUGUAGAAUGGGGAGUCUCGGCAUGGGCUGGACUCAGGAGUGUAAAUGUGGUUGCAUUGCGUGUUGUAUGAAGGAUGCACGUCUAGGAGACUGGUGAAGUAUAUGACACCAUGAAGAGGACCUGGGUGAACCUCAGAAGGCAUGCUAUGUGAGCUGAGAAACUGACUGGGUCAAAUGUACCGGGACAAUUGGCCUGAAGGUGAAGCUAGCUAGGAUGUGUCCUAACAAAAGACUGAGGGAGUCCAAAGGACUCGAGCAUGUGAGAGGGACUUUAGUGUCUUUGAUGUUUAAUGUAAAAGAGAUACUCUUUCCUAAUUUAAUUUUCUGUUUUCUAUUUAUUUCUGUUUUGAAUCAAACGGUUAGUUCCAGUAUAUGUCUGAGAUCAGUUUAAUUUACUAAGUUCUGUGUGGCAUUUAUCAGGCUUUCAUCUUAUUCCUGACUCCUCACGUCUGGCCUCGUUGAUGCAGGCUUUGUUUGACAUAAGUGCAUCAGAGAAAUUAAAUGGGGGAACUUUGAGUCAAACCAGCAAAUUUGCCAAAAUUAAAUGCAGGAAAGUUAAUGCACUUUUGAUGCAGUAGAAAAAUAAACACACGUUUUGAGCUCUGGAGCAGCUGUAUAAAAGCGGAGAGAGACGGAGGAAAUAAAAAUGUGGUGGGACUUCUUUUACCACAUUACAGAACCAAUAGGCCUACUGAGCUACAGUAGAUCUGUAUGUGUACUUUAUUCAAUACCAUAAAGUAUGAUGGAACCCAUAUAGAAAGUAUUUUAUAAUUAAACAUUUAAUGUUUAUACUUUCCUCAAAGACCUUGUUCAGAUUGUACCCUCAUUCAUUAUAUGCCCCUGUGUAUUUAAUUUUGUAGCCUAUAUUUACAUCUCUUUGCCAAUAUUUCUUUGGGAUUUUCCUAAAUGACUUUGUAAGUGGAAUCUUUACAAUUGAUCUCUUCCAGGUUAUGGAGACGUGUUGUGUAAAUACGAAAUUUUGCCAGUAUGUAUUUUUGUUUUUCCUUUUGUGGUAUAGGAAGCCUAUUAAUCGCACACACAAAAUGGGACACACGCACACACACAACACACACAACACACACAACACACACAACACACAUAACACACAUGGGGGCACACAGCAUGCUGAUAGAAGACAAUCAUUGCAAUGUAUUACUCCAUAUCCAAUACAAAAGAAUGCAUUUGACAUUAGAAUAAACAAUGAAAUAGCCAAGUGUGUGUAACAAGCAGUAUAUCCCAUUAGGUCUGAACUGAAUACAGAAAAACACACAUGAAAACAUGUUCAGUGCUGCUGGGGUGGAGAGAGAAGUCUGGUGUGUCUGGGUGGAUCUUCAUCACCAUGUUUCCUAUGUGGUUUCAGCCUCUCCUCUGUUACGUCUAUGUGGUCCCACUCUCUGGAGCAACACCCAACACUAGCCACAUGAUUCAGGUCUCCUUAAGGCCAACCCAAGCUUUAUCUAAAUAGUAAUGAGAAAGUUGUUUAGACAUGUGGUAUUGUAUAUUGUUGUUUCCCUAGAUACUGGUGUCCUAUAAACAAAUAAACAAAUGAAAGUAC